GUUAACAUCAAAACAGCGAAAUUAAAGAUAUCACAACAUAAACAGCGUAAAGAUGGCGGAAGAAGUCGUCGAGGUUCUGGACACUGAAAAGUUGUACCUGACACAAAUCCGACAUUUGGAGGAUCAGCUGGAUAAGUGUCAGGCGAAAUGCGGCGAGCUGGAGAACCACGUCCUGGAUCUGAUGUCGGAGCUGCGGGCGCUGACGAAGGACAAGGACGACGUGACCAGGUACUUGAAGCGGGCGCUGGACACCAAAGACAAGAAGGUGGAGAUGCUGAUGGAGCAGGUGGAGCAGCAGCAGGAGGCCAGCGAGAAGGACAAGGAGACCAUCGAGCAGCUGAAGAAGCAGCUGGAGCAGCUGCACCAUCGCAUCAGCGAGCUGGACGCCGUCAUCGACACGCAAGCCAAGCAGUUGGACAAGCAGGCGGGACAGCUGGUGGCUCUGGAGGAAAAGAUGGUGUUCCAGAAGAAGCAGCAGGACGCCGCCAAUAAGCAGCUGACGGAGGACGCGCAGAGAGACAAGACUAACAUGAUCGCUGAGACGAUGAGGAACAUGGAGGUGGUGUUCGAGGACAAGCUGUCCAAGAGGCUGGAGGAGGAGAGAGUUCAGAACAGCGAGAAGAUGACCCAGCUGCAGAUGAUGCUGCAGGAGAACAUGACUCUGUGGCUGGAGAAGGACGUCAUGCAGAAGAAGGAGUUGGAGCUCAGCUGCGAGGUCAGUCGUCUGGAGGACGAGCUCACCAAGAAGCCUCGCAGGAAGUUCACGCGCAGGAAGGUAAGAGCGGCCCCGGCGCUCCAAACACGUCCUGCUGGUCCCUCUGACAUCUUGUCCUCCUUCACAGUGACCUUCUGGAAUGUUCCACACGGAACCAUCCAUGAACUUUCACCAAGAUGGAUAACAACAACAAGACCGCUUGUGUCCACAAUUUCCGCCAACCAGGAAAUGUUUGACUCCUAA